AUGGAGAUCGAUGCCUUCGAUGUUCUUCCUCGUGAUAUGGUGGUGGAAAUUCUUGCUUCGGUCGCCGCCAACUCGAUGGACGAUUUCUUCAAUGCAAAAAUAAGUUGCAAAAUCUUUAAUAAAUUAGGUGAAGAAGAUUACGUUUAUCAACAAAUAUCAUUCGACAAAAUUUCAAAAAUACUAUGGUGGCAUCCCGAAGAAGGCAAAGCCUUCAUUCAGAGGUGCAUCAAAUGCAAUAAUCCGGAGGCCUUGUACACGCAAGGACUAUAUGAGUGUGUAAGCCUCGUGAAGGUUGAGCUAGGAAUGGAGCUAUUGAAGAGGGCAGCACAGAUUGGGCCCGUUGGAGCUUCCUAUGUUGUCGGGCUCCUCCUCGUCUGCGAGGGUGGUGAGUUAAAGAAGGAAGGAGUCCGACUGUUGAGACAAGUCUACGCAAGUGGGCGAGUAGUGGAAUGCCGCAAGAAAUACAUUGACGUCGUGCGCGACAUGUGGUGGAACAACGUGGCUAUCUUCGGAGGAGAGCCUCCUCGCUACGACCGUCGGGUGCAAAACGAGCACUGCAAGAGGAGAGGAUGGGUGCGCGACAUCGACCACUAUGACAACACCGAAUGCGAACAGUGCAUUUGCCGAUCAGAGAUAGAGAUCCUUUAUAAGUAUGGCGGACGCCCGUAA